AUGGGCCUACGUGUUUCUAUGGAUCUAACCCAUGUUGAUUGGCCCGCUACAGAUUACAUGGGCUUAUGUGUUUCUAUGGACCUAACCCAAGUAGCUAUUUCCAUUGCCAUAACAGUGCUCUGCGUAGCAUACGCGCCAUACGUGCACGGUAGCCAACUCCGACCAAUGGCACUCUACAGUUCAACUGUAACCUCCACACCUAAUGUAAUUCCCGCCAAGAAUGUCGUACGCCUGAACUGCCUUAUCCUACGCGUCCCCUGUGUUAUCCUACACCCUCAUUCUUCAACUCCUUCGCUCUCACUUUCUCCAAAACCCAAUUCACCAAAGCCAUUGCUUACCCCUCUCAGUGCAACAUUACCUCAGAAAUGCGUCUACCCUGAUCCAAUCCCAGAAUUCGCCAUAGCUGAGACCCAGAAAUUCAGGGCUGAGCUUUUGAAGAAGCUAUCAGGGGAUAGAGAUACAUAUGGAGAUGAGCUCGAUAUUGUUGUCAAUGUCUGUGCAGAGAUACUUAGUGAAUUCUUGCACAAGGACUAUGGAGGACCUGGAACAUUAUUGGUUGAACCAUUCACUGAUAUGUUGGUUGCCCUCAAGGAGAAGAUACUUCCUGGAGCUCCUUUGGCUGCUCGGGCAUCUCUAUUAUGGGCUCAAAAUAAUGUCGAUCGGGACUGGGAAGUUUGGACCUCGGAUAUGCCAAAAUGACUCAAUCUUCCAUUUGCAUAUGACAAUAUCACCCCCAAUUGCACUUUUCUCAGCUAUACAGAGGGUUGAAAGAUGUAAUUUAUGAACAAAUUGCAACGAUCAUUAGCUCCCAGCCUCAGAGAUGCUCUGCAAGGAAGGACGCCAUGAUUUUGACCUCGCUGCUCUUAAGUUUGUUGGUCCUGUCCUCUCCCGUUGUCUUUCGUUUCUCAAAG